UUAAAAAGGGACGCUGGGCGCAGGCGCAAAAAGCCCAGCCAGCCGUCCGGCGCAGACCCUGACGCGCACGCGCAUGGAGGGGCGCGCGAGCCCCCCGGGUGAGGCCCGCGCGCGCCGUGGGCCUGCGGUGCUGUGCCGCGGCCCCGUGGAGCCGCUCGUCUUCCUCGCCAACUUCUCUUUGGUCCUGCAGGGCCCGCUCACCACGCAGUACUUGUGGCACCGCUUCAGUGCGGACCUCGGCUACAAUGGCACCCGCGACAGGGGCAGCUGCAGCAACCACAGCGCGGACCCCAUCAUGACGGAAGUGGAGACCCUUACCUCCCACUGGACCCUCUACAUGAACCUGGGCGGCUUCCUGGUGGCGAUCUUCUCAUCCACCCUGCUGGGUGCCUGGAGUGACUGCGUGGGCCGCCGCCCGCUGCUGGUGCUGGCCUCCCUGGGCCUGUUGCUGCAGGCGCUGGUGUCCAUCUUUGUGGUACAGUUCCAGCUCCACGUCGGCUACUUCGUGCUGGGCCGCAUCCUUUGCGCUUUCCUUGGGGACUUCAGUGGCCUUCUGGCCGCAGGCUUUGCCUCCGUGGCGGAUGUCAGCAACAACCGCAGCCGUACUAUGCGAAUGGCCCUGCUGGAAGCGUGCAUCGGGGUGGCAGGGAUGCUGGCGAGCCUCCUUGGGGGCCACUGGCUCCGGGCCCAGGGUUAUGCCAACCCCUUCUGGCUGGCCUUGGCCUUGUUGAUAGCCAUGACUCUCUACGCAGCCUUCUGCUUUGGUGAGACGGUGAAGGAGCCAACGCCUGCCCGGCUCUUCACGCUCCGUCACCACCGAUCCAUCGUCCAGCUGUACGUGACUCCAGCCCCAGAGAAGUCCAGGAAGCAUUUAGCCCUGUAUUCAUUGGCCAUCUUCAUGGUAGUCACUGUGCACUUUGGGGCCCAGGACAUCCUGACCCUCUACGAGCUGAGCAAACCCCUCUGCUGGGACUCCAAGCUGAUCGGCUACGGCUCUGCGGCUCAGCACCUCCCUUACUUCACCAGCCUGCUGGGCCUGCGGCUUCUGCAGCACUGCCUGGCCGACACCUGGGUGGCCGAGAUUGGCCUGGCCUUCAACAUUCUGGGGAUGGUGGUCUUUGCAUUUGCUACCAUCACCCCCCUCAUGUUUACAGGGUAUGGGCUCCUGUUCCUGUCAUUAGUCACCACACCCAUCAUCCGGGCCAAGCUGUCCAGGCUGGUGGGUGAGUCAGAGCACGGCGCUCUCUUUUCUGCUGUGGCCUGCACCAAUAGCUUGGCCAUGCUGAUGGCUUCUGGCAUUUUCAACUCGCUCUACCCAGCCACCCUGAACUUCAUGAAGGGGUUCCCCUUCCUCCUGGGAGCUGGCCUCCUCUUCAUCCCAGCCAUUCUGAUUGGGGUGCUGGAAAAGACUAAUCCUCGCCCUGAAUUCCAGCCGUUUCCUCAGAGUCCCUGAUCUGCCUGGACUGGAGGACAGAGGGCAAAGGGAGAGAAGCGAACACUAAGCAACUGAAAGUAUGCGUCUGGAUCCCAGCCCCCAGCGACACUGGCACCUCCCCUCAGAGGGCAAGUGUCUACCUUGGGCAGAGUGGUCCAGCUAGACGGCUGUGCCAGCCUAGGACUCUAAUCUAGAAUUAACCCAGACAGUCCUACUCCAGGAGGCGGUGGGGGAGCCGUUUGGAACAGGGGGUGGUGUGCCCUUUCUACCAUCAGUCCCGGAGAAGCCUCCAGGGGAGAGGAGAGGUCCCGAUGGAGGGACACCUCAGGGACCAGUGGAAGCACAAGGGCUGGCAUCACUGCUUCAGCCCAAACUGCACCGCUCACAGCGCUGUUUCUGGGUGUAGCAUGGGUGGACGGUUCUGAGGGGAAGGCUGUGCAAGGGGCUGGGUGCCCUCUGGAGGGAGAGUGCUGCCGUCUCUGGCUGGGAAUCGAUCCUCUGAGCUUAGCAGUGCCAAUCACAAUAAAUCCAUAUAAAUCACA